GGAUCAUCCUCCGCAUUUAGGAAAAAAAUAACGAUUGGCAAUCCGUGUGUUAUUCACUUAGUUUAAAACAAGACCACUAAAACAACGCGUGCCACACAAUAUCUAGUGAAACGACAAGAUUUGCCUGCCUGAGUUCUCUCUCUCUCCUUUCUCUAUCGCUUUAUGUCUCUUUCCCACACGCUCUCUCCUUCUGUCACAUACCGACAGCCCCCUCUCACUCUCUCCGGUUCUCCCUUUCCCUUCCCUCACUCGCUUUCCUAGAACAAACAUGGCUGCUAAAUCGGACGGAGCAGCCGUGUCUUUGCAGAGUGACGAGAACCCCGUAACACCACCGCCACCGUUAAGAUGUCUGGGUACACCCGAGCACGACCUAGGCGCCUCUCCGUACCGCUACGCCUCCAAACCCUACUCGCUCCUGGACUGCUGCUGGGUGCUGUGCGCCUUGCUUGUUUUCUUCUCGGACGGGGCCACCGACCUGUGGCUUGCCGCGGAUUACUACCUGAGGCGGGACUACUGGUGGUUCGGGCUGACGCUGGUCUUCGUGGUGGUUCCCUCCGCCGUGGUUCAGGUGUUGAGUUUCAGGUGGUUCGUCUACGACUACUCUGACAUCAGCGGCAGCAGCAGCGGGGCCGUCGCAGCAGUGAGUGCGGCCGCGGCAGCCGCGGCGUCUUCCUCCAGGGGAGGCGAGUGCAAUUUCAGCACCAAGGGCAGCGCGAACAUCUACGAACAACGCGGCGGCAAUGCUGCUACCGCUGCCGCGGUUGGAUGCUCGUCCGCGGGGCAGGCUGCGGCCGGGUCUGGGACUGGGAGGGGCACCCGGAGGUGUUGCAGGGUGUGCAUGUGGCUGUUCCAGACUGUCCUUCACAUCCUACAACUGGGCCAGGUCUGGAGGUACGUCCACACCUUGUACCUGGGCGCCCAGAGCCGCUGGCAUGGUGACCACGCCCACCGACCUUUCCAUUGGCGGCUGAUGUUCGAGUGCGCUGACAUCAACAUGCUGCGUCUGCUGGAGGCCUUCCUGAAGAGCGCCCCGCAACUGGUGCUACAGCUCAGCAUCAUGAUCCACGGAAACCAGGUUCUACCACUGCAGGGCCUGUCUGCCUCUGCUUCGCUGGUCUCCUUGGCGUGGAUGAUAGCAUCCUAUCAGAAGACGCUCAGGGACUCCAGGGACGAUAAGCUUCCCAUGUCCUACAAGGCUGUAAUCGUCCAGAUGUUCUGGCACUUCUUCACCAUCGGAGCACGGACCAUCGCUUUCGCCCUCUUUGCCUCUGUGUUCCAGCUUUACUUUGGCAUCUUCAUCGUGACCCACUGGUGCAUAAUGACGUUCUGGGUCAUCCAGGGCGAGACGGACUUCUGCAUGUCCAAGUGGGAGGAGAUCAUCUACAACAUGGUGGUGGGCAUCAUCUACAUAUUCUGCUGGUUCAAUGUGAAGGCGGGCCGCACCCGAUUCCGGAUGUGUCUCUACUACUCCGUGUCCCUGGUGGAGAACGUGUCCCUCAUCGCGGCGUGGUACCUUUACCGCGGGCCGCAAACCUCCGACUUCUACGCCCUCAUUGUGGUGUGUGUGGUGGUCUGCAGCUACGCCCUCGGGAUGUUCUUCAUGUUCGUUUACUACUGUCUGCUCCACCCGGACGGCCCAGUGUUCGGGGCCCAGUGGAAGGGCUGUGUGGAGGAGGGCGGGGUGAUGGUAGAGUCCUGCGUGACCCCGGCCGAGGCCUCCCCACUCCCCCCUCCGGAUGUAAUCACCUCCCCCCCCAGGACCCUGACUAGGACCGGCGGGGCGGACCGAGGGGAGGUGGUGCCGGGCGAUCUGGCGGUGUUCCAGGUCCGGUCCGUUACCCACACCUCCAUGGCGCUGGCCGCCCGGACCUCCAGGACCGAGGGGCCGGUGAUCCGCAUUGACCUUCCCAGGAAGAGCUACCCUGCCUGGGACGCGCACUUCAUCGACCGGCGGCUACGAAAGACCAUCCUGGUCCUGGAGAACACGUCGCCGGUGACGCCCAGAAUCCAGUACCGGAGCCUCGGCAGCGCCAAAGAGGUAAUGGAGUAUGAGACUACCGUGUAGUGCUCCACGCCUGCCACCGGGGGGCGUCGCCCACCUCACCACUCCGCCUGCUCCCUCUGUGGGCUGGGACGACGACGAGCGGACCACCUUAUAAUGUAACAUAGCUGCGCUACCUCCACCGGGUCAGCAGGGGGCCCACUCACCACCAAGGUGAAGGUACAAACCGUGGUGCUUAACCUAACCCUUGAAUUAAGACUCAAAAACAUGUUGACUUUGUCGAUGUGGAAUACAUUUUUGUGGCUGUGGCAUGUUACUUUGUGGCUAUAGAAUCUACUGGAGACCCAGUAUGUACCCGUAUAUGACAUGUGCAGGUGUAACUCACCAUUGCUGAGUGUCACUUCCUGUGAGUCCUGCAGAAGCCUGUGGCCGAGUUCAAGGGUGGGAGAUUCAGAACUCGGGUUAGGUCAUCUAUGACCUAAUGGAAAACUGUAUCGGAUGGUAGCCGGAACGUGUCUCUCAGCACUGGGAAAACACAGAUGACACAAUAAAAGAGGGAACGCAAUUCUGUAAAUAAUGAUCCUGAUAUUCAACUUUAUACAAUGAUGAUUACGAUGACGGUGAUGAUAAGGACGGUGAUGAUAAUGACGGUGAUGAUAAUGACGGUAAUGAUAAUGGCGAUUGUGAUAAAGAUGAUAAUGAUGAACAGGAUGAUAAUGAUGAUGACAAUGAUGGUCAUGUAUAAACACUGAUAAGAUUCUAUUCACCGUUCAGCUGAAAUGAGGACUCAGAGGUGGUUUGGUUGAAACCUUGGUGUUAAGGUUUUAGUUAAGUAUCAGUGCUGUGAAAGAGGCCUGUUAAAAACUUGGAGUUUAGCUAAUUCAAUCAUCCAUUACCUUAUAAACAAUAUGUAUGUAUUUAUUGUUUCUUUCUGUUUCUUUUUUAUAUUUUUAUAUUGUUUUCUCGAUCAGUGGCCAUGUCUUUGAUAAUGUUUCUUAUCGAGGUGUAAUCAUAAUAUAUAUAAAUGUAUAUUUGUUUUUUAUUCAUGAUAUGUAUAUACUAGAGAUUCCGAUUCUGGGUGGGUAAUAGUAUUUUAGGUUUGUCUGUGUGUGUGUGUGUGUGUCUGUGUGUGUGUGUGUGC